AAUCUAAAAUUUUCAAAACAAUAGAAAAAAUUAAAAAUACAAAAUGACAAAUAUCUCGUUAAAAUUAAAAACCAAAACUGGCCAACAAGUAAUAAACAGCCUUAGCAAAGAGAGCACGAUACGAGAGUUGAAGCAGAUCCUUUCCUUGAUAUCGAAUAUUCCUGUUAAUCGUCUUCAGGUGCUGACUGGCUUUCCACCAAAGACUUUGGACAUUAGCAAGGACGAUCUGAGUUUAGGAAAUGCUGGAUUAGCAACCGGAGAUGCUCUUAUAUUACAAGAAAGCUCUACUAUAAAUAUAGAAAAAUCUACACAAAUUAAUGCAGUGCCUUCACAAAGCAUCGCUCUACCACCACCGCCAACUGAAGACCCACCAAGUGAAGGUAUAUUAAUAAAACAAGUCGUAGCAGCUGAUAAUUCGUGCCUAUUUACUAGCGUUCACUUUGUCUUGAAUGGUAAAGUGGAUGAAACUGGAGAGGCUGCUCCUUAUUUAAGACAACUAGUAGCAGAAACUAUACGCAAUGACGUUCAAAACUAUGACGAAGCUAUAUUAGGUAAACCAGUAGCUGAAUAUUGCACUUGGAUACAAAACGACUCUUCGUGGGGUGGCGCUAUAGAGCUGGCAAUUUUAGCUAAUUAUUACGGAAUCGAAAUUGCAGUUGUGGACACUAUUAAUGCUAUUAUUAAUAGAUUUGGAGAAGACCAAAAUUAUCCUGUUAGAGUUUUUUUGAUGUUUGACGGCAUCCAUUACGAUCCUCUAUACUUGGAACCUUUUAAUGGUGAAAAAAUACAGACAUUAUUUGAAACUGCUGACGAAAGAGUGUAUAGGGAUGCUCUGACUCUGGCGCAAGAAGCAAAAUCCAGUAGGCAAUAUACAGACGUUAAUAAAUUCACCCUCAAGUGUAUGGUUUGUAAUGUAAUGCUUAGAGGGCAAGUUGAAGCACAAUCGCACGCUAAAACUACUGGGCACAUGAGUUUCGGAGAGGUGUGAUGAGAAAAAAUGAGUUUAUACUUAUUUUAUUUCUUGUAAUACAUUUUAAGUAAUCUUUG